AUGAGAGUGAAAAUUCAGUCUACCACCCACUCCAUUGUGGAAAGCGAAUCAGGCUCCAGUGCGGGCAACCCGGUACGGUAUCGGAGUAGCGGAAUUGCGGAACCAGCGGAUCGUGAGUUUAAAUCGACCUACCGCAUAGGAUGUCCGGGCGGAAGCGAAUGCGUUGCGCUGGCGGAGUGUCCACAGCUUCUGCUAGAAACGGCUCGCCAAUGCUAUCGUGGUGAUUUCUCGCUGUCCUGCGGGGUCAAUGAGCUAGAACCAUACGUAUGCUGCCCGAAGCUGGUUCACAACAAGUACGACGACCGCGCCGACGGUGGAUGCGGAAAAAGUAUCGUUCAAGGAGACUUCUACCACGGUCUGGGGGCGUUCCCGUUCGUUGCGCGGAUUGGCUUUAAAAAUACAAAAACCGGCACCUUUAUUUAUCCAUGCUCUGGUUCAAUAAUCGCGCGCCAAAUCGUUCUCACGUCGGCACACUGUGCUCUGGCCAAAGCUGAUAGCCAUCGAUUAUCAUCCGUUCGAAUCGGUGACUACGACACACGCACGGACCCGGACUGCGGAAAUACCGGAUUUUGCGCACCAGCAGCCAUCAAUCACGCCGUCAGCCAAAUUAUCGUUCAUCCAGACUAUGUGGACGGCCAGUACCAUCAUGACAUCGCACUGCUGGUACUAAGAACGGCUAUCAAUUACACAGUGGCGGCUCAGCCCAUCUGUCUGCACCGGCGACGCCAAGACCUGACCGUCGGUCGUAGGGUACAAAUCAUCGGUUGGGGCAAGCUGUCGACCAGCGGAACCAAAUCGCCGGAGCUGCAAUCGCUGGAGGUUCCACUGACGUCAUGGGAUCAAUGCGUUCGGGCCUACACUACGACGGGAGCUCUCCAGUCCUCCAAGUCGAUCGACGGCGAAUGGAUGUGUGCCGGCGGUGAAGGUCGUGAUGCUUGUCUCGGCUUUGGGGGUGCCCCACUCAUCAUCCGAGAGCGGUCCCGCUAUGCCCAGAUAGGGAUCAUGUCAUUUGGAGCGGAAACGUGCGGUGCACCCAACAUGCCUAGCGUGUACACCUCGAUUGCGCACUACGCGCACUGGAUCGAAGCAAACACGCCAACGACCUUUGUGUAG